AUGGGAUCGCACAUCACAAAGCCGAUUCGAUGCCAAAUUUACAAGACAGUUCAGAAUAAUCGAGGUGUGAUUAUCAACAACGCCGCCCGGGGCAUCGGUUUCGGCGCGGGUGUCGGAAUCGGACACCUCUGGCGCACCCAUGAUGGAGACGACGAGCGACGCCGCGAAGCGGUCCAGGGAUGCCAAUACUUCACCGAACUGGCCGAACGUAUGAUCCAGAUGAACCAGCGUCGGCUGCCAAAACGUCUGAUGUCGUUCGCGCAGAUGCUGACAUGGACGUGUCGCGGCUGCAUCGCUUACUUUCAUGUGCUCGCUAUCUAUGUCGCCUUCAUCCUGGUAUCGGAACAACCUGCGUCAACACACGGGCGGCGCGAGGAGAAAGAA